AUGGGUAAGAAGAACAAGAACGCUUCUGGUCUUGGACAGAGUGUGAUUAAAGACCGCUUUCGCGUCAAAAGCAAAAGACAAGGGAACGCAGACACGUGGUUACAUACAAGUGAUCUUCAAGAUGGAUACGACUGGGGAAGACUCAAUCUACAGUCUGUGACAGAGCAAAGUACCCUGGAUGAAUUCUUAGCUAUCGCUGAUCUUGCAGGAACCGAAUUUACUGCAGAAAGACUGAACGUCAAGGUGGUGGAUCCUUCCAAAGAUACAGGACUGCCGUCGAUAGAAGAAGUGUCAGCAAUCAAAGAUGCACAGCUGCAAAAUAAAGACUUUCUUAAAAUUCCAAGGAGACCUGCAUGGGAUGCCACUACCACACCUCAACAAUUAGAGUUAUUGGAGAGGGAUAGUUUCCUGGAAUGGCGGAGACAGUUAAAUGUGUUACAGGAAAAAGAACACAUUGUAUUGACUCCGUUUGAAAGAAAUUUAGAUUUUUGGCGACAGUUAUGGCGUGUGAUUGAAAGGAGUGACGUCAUCGUACAGAUUGUUGAUGGCAGGAAUCCGUUACUAUUCAGAUGUGAAGAUAUGGAGAAAUAUGUGAAGGAAGUUGAUGAAAAUAAAGACAACCUGGUUUUAAUUAAUAAAGCAGAUUUACUUAAUGAAAAUCAAAGAAAAUCAUGGGCAGAUUAUUUUACAAAAAUUGGUGUUAAAGUUGUGUUUUGGUCAGCAGUUGAAGAAGCAGAAAGGCAGAAACAAAUGAAAGAAGAAGCAGAUGCAGAAGAUAAUGAGGAGGAGGAGGACGAGGAUGAGGAGGAGGAGGAGGAGGAGAGCAACAGUGAUGACGAUGACAGUGAUGAUAAAUAUGACAACAAGGACACUACAAAUAAGGAUACAGAUCAGAGUGAGUCUGUAGCAUUAGAUGAAACCAUGACAACAGGAGUAAGCAAAACUUACACAACUGAGGAGAAAAGUUCUGAUCAUUGUGAGUGCCACGAAACUGAUAAAGUUGAAGAAGAGGGAGAAAAAUCACCUGAGAAGAGUGAUGAUAAAAUGCUCAGAUGUGAAGAGGAUAAAACAGCCGAUGUAGAACAUGAUGAUUGUUGCCAUGGAGGCACUGCAGCUGAUGAGAAAGAGAAAUUGAGUGUAGACACUGAAACAAGGACUUCAGAAAUGCCAACACAAGAUACAGGAAGUGCUGGAAAUGAUUCAGAUGGAAGUGUUGGUUGUGGUGAACAUGAUCAAAAAAAAGUGUCACUUAGUGACAAUGGAUCUGAGGUGGUGUCUUCGCAGGAGUCUUGCAGCGAAGAAAUUGCUAAUAGCGCUAGAAUUCUGAAUGGUGAUGAAUUAUUAGAGCUAUUUAAAAGCAUGCACCAGGGACCGAAGGCUAAUAAGAAUAUGGUGACUAUUGGGUUGGUCGGUUAUCCCAAUGUUGGUAAGAGUUCUACCAUAAACGCAUUGUUACAAUGUAAAAAAGUUCCAGUGUCAGCAACGCCUGGCAGAACUAAACACUUUCAGACUUUGUUCGUUGAACCUAGUCUGUGUCUGUGUGACUGUCCUGGAUUGGUGAUGCCAUCAUUUGUGUCGACAAAAGCUGAAAUGGUUGUCAAUGGCAUAUUACCAAUUGAUCAAAUGAGACAGCAUUUACCACCAGUUUCACUGAUAUCCUUAUAUGAUGUUCGAGGAUUUAUGACAGCGCACGGUGUUCCAGAUGCUCCAAGAUCCUCCAGAUACAUAUUGAAAGACUAUGUCAAAGGCAAAUUACUGUAUAGGUGUGCGCCACCUGGUGUUGAUGAGAAGAAAUUCCAAGAAUUCCCACAAUUGGAGAUAACGGAUGAUGCUGUGUCAAAAAAGAAAGUGAGCAAUCCAACUGUAGUGUCGGCUGAAGGUAUAAGGAAAAAAAAUACCGACCUGAGUGAAAUGGACAGUGCAUUCUUCAGCCAACAGAAUGUACGAGCAUGCACUAAAGGUGUACAGGGUGUGAUGGGAUACGUCAGGAAGGAUGCCGACUGCUCACGCCAUGUGUCGUCGGAUUCAAGAAAUAGCAGUCCUCAAAGCAGCCAGUCAUCUGUGGCCGGAAAACCGUGGAAGAAGCAUUUUAAUAAAAAUAAGAAGGAAAAAUUAAGAAGAGUUAAUAGACAUCUUGAUGAAUGUUGA